GGGGCAUUAUGGGCGCGCGGUCGCGGCUGCGGUUUUCGGCGGGUCCCGUGAAAAUGGCGCCGUAGGCGGGAGCGGGAGGUGCCGCCGGCUCCCUGCGCUGCUGACCGGGCGGCGUGUCCUCGCCCCCUUCCUUCUCUCCGCCACCCCGCCGUGAUCCGGCUCUGCCGUCCGCUCCCGGCCCCCGCGCCGCGAUGGCGACUCCGGACCAAAAAUCGCCCAACGUUCUGCUGCAGAGCCUCUGCUGCCGCAUCCUGGGCAAGAGCGAAGCUGAUGCAGCCCAGCAGUUUCAGUAUGCAGUGAGAGUUAUUGGAAGCAAUUUUGCUCCCACUGUUGAGCGUGAUGAAUUUCUUGUAGCGGAGAAAAUCAAGAAAGAACUUGUGCGACAAAGAAGGGAAGCAGAUGCUGCUUUGUUUUCAGAACUCUACAGAAAACUCGGUUCACAGGGCAUUUUGAAAAACAAAUGGUCAAUACUCUACCUCCUGCUUAGCCUUAGUGAAGAUCCACGUAAACAGUCUAACAAGGUGUCAAGUUAUGCCACGCUUUUUGCUCAAGCGUUGCCACGGGAUGCUCACUCAACCCCUUAUUACUAUGCCAGGCCUCAGACCCUUCCAUUGAAUUACCAAGACCGCAGUGCUCAGUCUGCCCAGAGUUCCUGCAGCAUGGGGAGCAGUGGGAUCAGCAGCAUCAGCCUCUAUGCCCUAAAUGGGCCAACUCCAACUCCACAGUCACUCAUUCCAGGACAAUCCUAUCAAGCUCCGGGUGUUGGAGAUUGCCUCCGUCAGCAGCUAGGCUCACGUCUUGCAUGGACUUUAACUGCAAGCCAGCCUUCCUUACAAAGCACUACCUCAAAAGGCUUUUCAAAUCCUGUCUCUCGUGGUGUGCCGAGGUCGAGGCGAGAAGGGGAUACAAGUGGUUCUGUUGAAAUAACGGAAGCAAAUCUUGUAAGAGAUGUUUUAUAUGUCUUCCAGGGAAUAGAUGGCAAAAACAUCAAAAUGUGCAAUUCUGAAAAUUGCUAUAAAGUGGAGGGAAAGGUGAGCUUGUCAAAAUCUCUCCGAGAUACUACAAGCAGACUUGCAGAGUUGGGGUGGCUACAUAACAAAAUAAGGAAAUACACAGACCAGAGGAGUUUGGAUCGAGCGUUUGGGCUGGUGGGACAGAGUUUUUGUGCAGCCUUACAUCAGGAACUUAAAGAAUACUACCGACUUCUGUCUGUUUUACAUUCUCAGUUACAACUGGAAGAUGAUCAGGGCGUGAAUUUGGGACUUGAGAGCAGUUUAACACUUCGCCGUCUUCUAGUCUGGACAUAUGACCCCAAAAUAAGGUUAAAGACCCUUGCAGCACUUGUUGAUCACUGUCAAGGGAGAAAAGGUGGUGAACUAGCCUCAGCAGUUCAUGCCUAUACUAAAACAGGAGAUCCCUACAUGAGAUCUCUGGUUCAGCACAUUCUUGGCCUAGUAUCCCAUCCUGUCCUGAACUUCCUGUAUCGCUGGAUUUAUGAUGGAGAGCUGGAGGAUACAUACCACGAGUUUUUUGUAGCUUCAGAUCCUACAGUUAAAACUGAUCGGUUGUGGCAUGACAAAUACACUUUGAGGAAAUCAAUGAUCCCAUCUUUUAUUACAAUGGAACAGUCAAAAAAGGUCCUUUUAAUAGGAAAAUCCAUAAACUUCUUGCAUCAAGUUUGUCAUGACCAAACUCCAUCCACAAAGAUGAUUGCUGUUGCAAAAUCUGCAGAGUCUUCAAAAGAUGCUGCUGAUUUGUUCACAGAUCUGGAAAACGCAUUUCAAGAGAAAAUUGAUGCAGCUUAUUUUGAAACCAGCAAAUACCUGCUGGAUGUUCUCAAUAAGAAGUACAAUUUGCUGGAACACAUGCAGGCCAUGAGGCGCUACUUGUUACUUGGUCAAGGAGACUUUAUCAGGCAUUUAAUGGACUUGCUCAAGCCAGAGCUUGCACGACCAGCUACAACCUUAUAUCAGCAUAAUCUAACUGGAAUCCUGGAAACGGCGGUGAGGGCCACGAAUGCGCAGUUCGAUAAUCCCGAGAUUCUCAAGCGAUUGGAUGUUCGACUCCUGGAGGUAUCUCCUGGGGACACUGGAUGGGAUGUCUUCAGCUUGGACUAUCAUGUUGAUGGGCCAAUAGCAACGGUAUUUACACGUGAGUGCAUGAGCCACUAUCUAAGAGUAUUUAAUUUCCUUUGGAGAGCGAAGAGAAUGGAGUAUAUUCUUACUGAUAUAUGGAAAGGGCACAUGUGCAAUGCAAAGCUUCUGAAAAGUAUGCCAGAGCUUUCUGGUGUGCUGCAUCAGUGUCACGUUCUGGCAUCGGAAAUGGUCCAUUUCAUUCAUCAAAUGCAGUACUACAUUACAUUUGAGGUGCUUGAAUGUUCAUGGGAUGAACUCUGGAACAAGGUCCAACAAGCACAGGACUUGGAUCACAUCAUUGCAGCUCAUGAAGUUUUCCUGGACACAAUCAUAGCUCGGUGCUUGCUGGAUAGUGAUUCCAGGGUACUUCUCAACCAGCUUCGAGCAGUUUUUGACCAGAUCAUUGAGCUCCAGAAUGCCCAAGAUGCAAUGUACAGAGCUGCUCUGGAGGAGCUGCAGCUGAGGUUGCAAUUUGAAGAGAGGAAAAAACAGCGUGAGCUUGAGGGCAAGUGGGGUGUAACUGCAUCAGAAGAGGAAGAAGAGAACAAGAGGAUGAAAGAAUUUCAAGAUUCAAUACCUAAAAUGUGCUCACAGCUGCGAAUACUCACUCACUUUUACCAGGGAAUUGUCCAGCAGUUCUUGGUCUUGUUGACAACCAGUUCAGAUGAGAGCCUUCGGUUCCUGAGCUUCAGGCUGGACUUCAACGAGCACUACAAGGCCAGGGAGCCGCGGCUGCGAGUGUCGCUGGGCACGCGGGGCAGACGGAGCUCGCACAUGUGACACAGCUGCCAGGGCCAGCAGCGGUGACACAGUGCAGCCAGACUGUGGGAUCUGUGUCUCUGCUGCUGCAGGCAACAUGUUCUCAGCCAGUGAUUGUGUGACACUGGAUAGCAGAAAGCAAAAAAAGCAGGGUUUUUUACACUGAUGUUUCUAGAAUUACCAGACUGUAUGGGCUGAUUGAACCUCAUCCAAUCAACUGGUCAAACCAUCCUUUUAAAUAAAUGCCAAUUUUAUUUGAA